AUGCCCUUUCGCGCCUGGCUGCCCUUCUCCCCCUUCUGCCAUCCCGGGCUGAAUUCACCUUUUGCGGGGGUAAAUGGAGGCCUGGGGGAGAAGAGCAGUGCCCAGGCCCACCGGUCGUCUCCUCCCGAGGGUCGCGUUUCUCCCUUUGGGGCCUCUCUCGGGCCCGCCGCGCUGGAGGCCCGGCCGCCUCCCUCCCGCCUGCCCCUUCCCUCGGCCCGCCCGCGUCUCCCAUGUCCCUCUCGGCUCCCCGCGGGACGGGGGGAACAAAAGGUCCCUCUGUGCCCGCCGGGGCGGCUGGAGGGGCACGGCUCCACCUCGGGGGGCGCCCCCUCCCUCCGCCUCCUGCCCGGUGGGUCGCCGGCGGCGGGCCCGGGAGCCCUCCCGCGCCCCGGAGCCCGUGUUGUGACUGAUUUUCUGUUAUCUUUGCAGUUGUCGAAGGCUGCUCCUGCCCUGGGGGAUGGGGAGCGGAAACCCAAUGAAGUUAUCAAAUUCCUGGAAGUCUAUGAGCGCAGCUUCUGCAGGACAAUUGAGACCCUGGUGGACAUUUUCCAGGAGUACCCUGAUGAGGUGGAGUACAUAUUCAAGCCAUCCUGUGUGCCUCUGAUGAGAUGUGCAGGUUGCUGCGGCGAUGAGGGCCUAGAAUGUGUCCCUGUGGAUGUGUACAACGUCACGAUGGAGAUCAUGAGAAUUAAACCCCAUCAGAGUCAGCACAUAGCGCACAUGAGCUUCUUACAGCACAGUAAAUGUGACUGCAGACCAAAGAAAGAUGUCAAAAACAAACAAGAAAAAAAAUCAAAGCGAGGAAAGGGGAAGGGUCAAAAGAGAAAGCGCAAGAAAGGCCGGUACAAACCACCCAGCUUUCACUGUGAGCCUUGCUCAGAGAGGAGAAAGCACUUGUUUGUACAAGAUCCCCACACCUGUAAAUGUUCCUGCAAAUUCACAGACUCACGUUGCAAGUCGAGGCAGCUUGAGUUAAACGAGCGCACUUGCAGAUGUGAAAAACCGAGACGGUGAGCAGCGGAAAAGAAGGGGGAACAGCCCUAUUUCUGGAGCCUGAUUUCUCGCCUGGACAGAAAAAACAAAACAAAACACUAAUCCAAAUGAACCCUAAAAAUGAAGGAUCGGUAGAGCACAGCACUUUCAGUACGGACGAUGGACUCCGGAAGGAACAUUCCCCAAGGCACCCGCCGCACAGAAUUCACCUUUGGGUUUUGAACUGUUUUAUUUUAUUUUUCUUUUCAUGCUGCUAAAUAACAGAGCCAGGAAGACUAUAGGGGUGUAUUUGAUGGGUUUUCCCAUGCAUACAUAUAUAUGUGUGUA